UUGGUUCCAACUACUACUACUUCCUUUUUAGCCGAAAAACGCAUCGCUAAAAAACAAUUAAAACGAGAAUUAGAAGGAGUAAAUGAUUUAUUUGCUUUGGCUAUCCAAACCAUUCACCGCUUAUGA